AUGGAGUCAAAGAAGUCAGGAAAGGAGAUGCGACUUGGAACGGGUGGAAACCAAUUCUGGGAGAACAUUGUCUUGGGCUUUAAAACUCCUCAUGAAGCCAUUGAAGUUGUUUCUUUGAUCGAUACGACGCGUUUGAUUAAAGGUGAUAAUGUCGUCUCUGAAAUCUCCUGGGUUGCUUGCUUUAUUGAUGGGAUCAUUUGGAUAUCACUUGUGGUCUUGUUGUCUCUUUUGCUUUGCUGGAUUCAGCUACAAAGAUUGAAAUACUUUGGCAGGGAAAAGGCAUUAGAGAAAAACUCGGCGAGGUUAGCAACAGCUGGAUUUUUCUGCAUUCUGACAUUCUCUUGGAUGAAUCCGUUACUCUUGGCGGGCGUCAAGAAACCAUUAUCUCCAGAAGAUAUCCCAAGUGUAGUCCCAGAUGACGAGGCUGAAUUAGCUUACAAUAAAUUCUCUCAUCCAAGGAUGCUCUUGUCGCCGAGGGAAGCUCAUCCAAGGAAAGAAAUGACCAUAGAGAUCUCCGUAAUGAGUUCUUCAAGGUGUUGUAUCACCAUCAUUGGUGGGAAGAACGAGCGUUGGCUUGACGAUAGCUUGAGGGAUUGCAUUUUUCCCUGGGAAGGCUCUAAAGAAUGCAAAUCUUGGGGUGAUAAUACAACAACAAGCUUGACGAUUGCUUGAGGUACUACAUAUGUCUCUGUCGAAUAGCCAGCAUCAGAAUAGAAGCUACCAAUAUGUUAGAACACAACAACAAGCUGCUGGUCAUCCAGAAUGUAAUUUCGCUGCCUAUUUUAGUGAGUGUAAUAGGUUUGUGGUGCUUUUUUUUUGGCUUGAUUCAUGCUAACAAAGUUGACAUGGGAAAAAAAAUCACUCCAUUUAUUUAUUGUUACGCUUUAGUUUAAAUUUUUAUUUGGGUCAAAAAUCACCAUGGGUUAUUUGAAUCAUCGGAUCUUCGAGAGCAAGGUCAGUUUUAGCAAUUUUACUGAUGAUUACAUGUGGA